AUGGCCCCGUAUUUGUACUCACCAUUACCAGAGGGUAGUAUCCGCCUUCUUCGGAUAACCCCGCACCCGGACAAGAACUCCCCAGUCCAAUGCGAGCUAUUCAGUUUUGCUCUAUCUGACUCGGACAGCACCUACCCUUACGAGGCCUUGUCAUACGUCUGGGGGUCUGCAGAAAAGCCUCUUUCUAUCGUCGUGAAUUAUCUUAACUUCCUCGUGGGAACAAAUCUUCAUGCGGCGCUGGUGCAUCUUCGACAUGGCUCUCUAGAGCGUAUCAUAUGGAUUGAUGCAAUUUGCAUCAAUCAAGGAGACACGUUAGAGAAAGGAAAUCAGGUCCAGUCAAUGGCCGAGAUCUAUGCUAAAGCCAGCUGUGUUGUUGUUUGGCUCGGGUCGGCGUCAACUACCAGCGAUCAGGCAUUGGAUAACAUCCGCGAAGCAGCACUCCGAAAUUCGACAGAGGGGAAAGAUCAAAAAGGUAUUUUCCAGCUUCUCCAAAGACCAUGGUUUCAGCGCAUUUGGGUCCUACAAGAGGUUGCCGCAGCCCGAUAUGUACUCAUCAAGUGUGGCUCUACCGAAAUUGAUGGAUAUGCAUUUUGCUCGGGCUUAAAUGCAAUGGAGCUCUCCUAUAAAAGUUACCCGAGUUUGCAGCCCCUGGUUCGAUCUGUCACCUAUCUCAUACGGGGAGCCAUCUUCCGCCCUCGGCACGUUACAACACAAUCCAGUAGAUUUUCACUCGACAUACGUCCUCUGAGCGAGUUGGCUGAGAUGUACCAUACCCGAAAGGCUACCGAACGCCACGAUAAAGUCUACGCUUUGCUUGGUAUGAGCUCCGAUGAUCCCAGUGAAGCGGGGCUAUAUGUUGACUACACGAUCCCAUGGAGUCAAGUAUUUCAUAGGCUGGUUAAAUAUGUACUUUCACAAUCGGUAUCUGUGAAGACUUGGAGCGACAGGGAGCUGGCUGUUAUCGAUGGAAAGGGCUUAGUUCUGGGCGAAGUCUCCUCGGUCCAAAGAGAUCCGGCUUGGGAGGAUAGUCAGGAAGUGACAAUUGCCUGGAAGAAUGCAUAUGUUGAGGCUGGCGGAAUGUCGUCUUGGGCAGUCCAGGCCUCGGCAAAGAGCAUCCAAGCAGGGGACAUCGUGUGCCUUCUUCAGGGAGCGUCAAGGCCCAUGAUCAUCAGACUAUGUCAUCCUUACUGGGCCGUUGUCAUGAUUUCGGUGCCUCCUACAGACGCUAUUGCUCGAAAUGGCAAGGGCAUCGAGUGGUCGGAAAUAUCACAGUCAGUCACGAGGUUCUCACACAGCUUUGUCCUUGUCUGGGACUGGGAGAUGCAACCAAAUGAGUCUCUUGGCGAUCAAGAAAUAAAGUACGAGGAACUCAUGGUCAAAGAAAUGCAGAAGGGCUCAAUGACAGAUAAACUGUACAUUAUUGCAAUACUGGCGAAUAUUGGAUUCGUAUUGCAUGAUCUUGAAAGACAUGCCGAAGCUGAAAAGUAUGUCCGGAGAUCGUUGAGAAACUUUGAGAAGGCUUUGAAAAAUGUGGACAACUCCAACCCAGCCUCGAACUCCGGAAGUGAUACUAAAACUGGGGCAUACAUUGCAGCGAUAACCGAAGCUCUUCUUGGAUUUGAGGGCGGUUGGUUGCCACUGAGAUGGGCGUCUGAGGAUGGAUACGACUUAACGAUUAAACUUAUGCUUGAGAAUGUUAACCCGAACAUGAAGAAUGAGGCUGGUCGAACCCCGCUCUCUUGGGCAUCAGGUCAUGGCUACGAGGCUCUUGUUAAUCUGCUUCUUGGAAUCGAAAUUGUUAAUCCAGAUACGAGAGACGAGAAGGAAUGGACUCCACUGCUAUGGGCAGCCAGCAAAGGACAUGAGACAAUUGUUAAGCUUCUUCUUGACACGAAAAGGGUUGAUCCAAAUGCCAAGGAAGAGCCCGAUGAGACCAGACGAACAAGGCGAACACCACUCUUACUCGCCGCAGAGGGUGGUCACGAGGCAGUAGUAAGGAUGCUUCUUGAUACUGACGCGGUGGACUUGAGCGCUAGUGCUGAGACCGGAGAAGCAUCUUUGCUGUGGGCCGUGAAGAACGGGCAUGUAGGGGUUGUUCAACUGCUACUUCAAACAGGAAAGAUUGUUCCGGAUGCUGCAGAAGAGAGUGAGAUUGAAGACGAAAGCGGACGAACACCGCUUAUGUGGGCAGCAAACAACCAGCAUCACGAUGUUGUUAAGCUUCUUCUCGAUACCGGCAAGGUCGAUCCGGAGGCUAGAGACAAGUGCAGAAGAACGGCCAUAUCUCUCGCCGCGGAAAACGGCAAUGACAAAAUUGUGAAGCUGUUGUUGAGUACUGACAAGGCCGACCCUGACGCAGCUGAUAAGGAUGGACGAACUCCACUAAUACUGGCGGCAGAGGGAGGGUUUGAAAAGGUUGUUCAGCUGCUUCUUGAUACAAACAAGGUUAAUACAAGUUUGAAAGACAACCGCGGACGAACGCCUCUAUCGUCAGCCGCCAAGAACGGCCACGAAGCUAUUGUCAGCAUGCUGGCUGAGAGAAAUGAGCUGAGCUUCCAAGACCUACAGCGCCAGAUCCUAGCACCCCCCAAGCACGAGGACUUUCUCAACAUCCGAGAUGAAGACUACUUUGACCAUCGAUGUCAAGAACUGUUUUCAAAUCUUCGACAGUGGAUCCUACGUUUUUCAAAGUUUUCGGAUAUGCGCGCUGCUCGCUUGACAUCCGAAAUUAGCGACGAAAAGAUCAUUGACAGGCUGGAUAACGUCAUACUCGAUGGGUCAGAUGUGGAUACGUAUCUCUGCGAUCGAGUACGUCGUCGCGAUGUGUUUACAUCCGUAGCCAUGAGUAUGCUGUGGGAGUUUGUCUUUACUCGCUACUUGUUCGGCCUGGAUCGAGAAACAAGACAGAAGCUCAAGAGUCUCGAAAAGCAGCUGGUCGGACCUCCUUCGGCCAUACGGAGAUGGCGCGCCACAACUCUGACACUGUUGUCUAAUCGCGACAGUGUCCAGAACCAGCGUGACCAUGAUGCUAGAGCCGUAUCCGAAAGUAUCUUCCAGACCUUGUGCGCCAUUCUCCCACCACCUUCCAAUCUGGAAAGUCAGCUUGUUUCUAGUCUGUCGCAGGUGACGAAAGAAGCAGUUGAGGUUUCAGUCGAGAUGCGCAGUCAAAAGGCAGAAUACAUGAUGCUUCCACCUCUGCAGCCCGAGUAUGAUACGAAUGGUGACCUUGCAAGCUUGGUCUUUUUCAACGCUGCUUUGAUGAAUGAGCGCGGUGAUAGUUCGGACUUGACCAAUGAGGAGUAUGAAGCUCAAAAGUCAACAGUGAGAAUCGUGUUGUUUCCCCUGGUUGUGAAGAAGGGAGGGGAUUAUGGUGACGGCGAUGACGAGAUUGUUGUUUAUCCAGCUCAAGUGCUGGUAGCGCCAAAAAAGUCUGAAAAGAAGAACGUGGAAUUAAGUUCCUGA